AUGUCGGUCAAAUUCAACGUGGACAUCCCAGUGGCGGAGUUGAAGAAGCCCGAGGUCGGCCUUGGGGGGUACGAGCCCUUGAAUCCACGCUCAGAAGUGCUCUCCAAAGGAAGCUCUACUGCACCCGGAAGACUUACUCUACCUUGCGACAUUCUCGUUGAACAUGAUGUCGCGAUCGCUGUGAGAGAUGGCUGCAAAUUAUACGCCGACAUUUAUCGACCCCCGACAGCCCCGGCACGUUCCACUCCGGCCAUUUUGUGUUGGAGUCCGUUUGGCAAGAAAUUCAAUGGAAUAGAGUCCUUGCGUCUCAUGACACCAUGGAAUCUUGGUAUUCCCAAUGGAACACUCAGCGGCCUGGAAAAAUUCGAAGCCCCCGAUCCUGCCGAAUUCGUUAAUCACGGAUACGCUAUUAUCAAUGUGGACUCGCGCGGUGCAUUCGAUUCGGAAGGGAUAAUGGCAAUCAUGGGGACCCAGGAAGCACAGGAUGGGUAUGACGUGAUUGAGUGGAUUGCUGAACAGUCUUGGUGCAAUGGAAACGUUGGGAUGGCAGGUAAUUCACAUCUUGCGAUUGUGCAAUGGUUCAUUGCGGCGUUGCAACCUCCAUCCUUGAAAGCUAUCGCACCUUGGGAGGGAUGUGGAGACCUUUAUCGCGAGCAGUUUGCUCGAGGUGGUAUAUACGGUGGUGACCUGUUUGAUCAUCUCAUCAUCAAAUAUAUUCUGCGAGGCCGGAAUGGAAUCGAGAGCUUCCGACAGAUGUUUGACCAACACCCUCUUGCAAACGAUUGGUGGAACGACAAACGGCCCGAUAUGACCAAGAUCAACAUUCCUACCUAUAUCACAGGGACGUGGACUAACACAAUGCACGGCAUGGGAGCCAUCCGAGGCUGGUUAGAUGUCAAGUCAUCUGAGAAAUGGCUCCGCUGGCAUCCAUACCAGGAAUGGUAUGACAUUUGGGGAAACCAGGAAGCACGACGCGAGCUAGUUUCUUUCUUCGACCGGUACUUGAAGGGAGUUGAAAAUGGCUGGGAGUCAACCCCUCGCGUGCGAAUGGCUAUCCUGAAAUAUGGAGAAAAGACCCCAUUGGAUAAUUUGAUCGAAGAUGACUUCCCACUCCCUCGCACGGUAUACAAGAAGGCGUAUCUCACUGCAAAUGGUGGAUUAACGCUCGAAAAAAUCCCCGAGUCGAGUUCCAUCUCAUACAACUCUGAAGAUCCAAAGGAUAUUGCUAAAUUCACCUAUACCUUCACCGAACGUACCCAGCUGGUUGGUAUACCGAAGGCGGUUUUGUAUAUGCACUGCGAUGAUUUGGAUGACAUGGAUGUGUUCCUGAAUUUGAGCAAAUUGUCUGCUUCCGGUGAGCAACUUCUGAAUCUCAACAUUCCGUGGAACAACCUUCCCGUCUCAAAUAUUGCCGAUAUCCCAGAGGAUAAACGCACAGAGGUUAUUCUCUACCAAGGUCCGACGGGAAUACUUCGGGCUUCAAACCGCGCCAUCGAUACAUCUCGUUCCAUACAUCCCAACUGGCCAUUUUACACUCAUGAGAAAGAAGAAAAAGUCCAACCAGGAUCUGUGGUGCGACUAGAGAUUGGAAUCUGGGGCAUGGGUGUUGAGUAUGAGGCCGGCGAGAGUCUGCAGUUGCGGAUCAGUGGAUUUUACCAGGGAAUUUCGAACUUUGGCACCACUGAGCAUAUUCAGAAUCGAGGAAAACACUGGGUGCAUAUGGGUGGAAAGUACGACAGUCAUCUUAUUCUACCUUUCGUGUAA